AUGCUUGGUAGUAUUGAUUGUCUGCAUUGGGCGUGGCAUAACUGCCCGACUGCGUGGCGCGGCCAAUAUACGCGAGGUGAUCACGACCAUCCGACCUUGAUACUUGAAGCCGUGGCAUCACAAGAUUUGUGGAUAUGGUAUUCUUUGUUUGGUCUCCCUGGUUCACUCAACGACCUCAACGUGUUAUACCAAUCGGCGAUCUUUACCGAUGUUGUUAAUGGAACCGGUCCGGACACCCGUUUUACAGUUUCUGGGUUUGAGUAUAGACGUGGGUAUUAUCUUGCUGACGGGAUAUAUCCGUCUUGGUCUACAAUUGUAAAGACUAUUCCAUAUCCCGAGGACGAAAAAAGGAAAAAAUUCGCCAAGCGUCAAGAAGCUGCAAGAAAAGACAUCGAACGUGCUUUUGGUGUCUUACAAAAAAAAUGGGCCGUCCUUGAACAACCGGCACGUGCGUUCACACAGAAGAGGUUGCGCCUUUGUAUGUACGCUUGCAUUUUGCCCCAUAACAUGAUUAUUGAAGAAGAAGGUUGGGCGAUUUGUGAGUAUGAUGAGAAUGCAUCUUACGGGAAUACUGUCCCGGUUGAUCCGCCACAACAGGAGGUAAACUCCUUCUCGCUAACCAACGACUUCACGCAUGCAAACCUUCAACAGGAUUUGGUAGAACAUAUUUGGAAUAACGUUAACGUCGUGGACGGUGACGGUGACGAAGACGUUAUGUAA